CAUAAUAAUAAAAGAUGUCUAUUGACAUUAUGCAUCUGGAAAGACGACAAUAUUUCUUAAUUUGUGUGUGUAUGUUGAUUUUAAUUCUUAUAAUACCAGACACAUCAUGUACAACACAUUGUGACGAAAUAAAUUGCAGAGAAGGAGAAUGUAUAAAUGAUUCCUGUAUUUGUGAUAAAGGCUGGAAAGGGCCUGCUUGUCAGCACUGCACAGGAAGAGUAAGACUGACAGGUAAAGAAGGAAUUAUAUUUGAUGGGUAUGGUAACUACUCUGAGGACAAUAAAUGUACAUGGUUAAUAGCUCCAGAGAACAAUACACAGCCUAUACAUCUACAACUAAAACAGUUCUCUACAGAGUGUGGAUGGGAUCAUUUAUAUAUCUAUGAUGGAGAUUCAACAUUUUCACCCUUAUUAGUGGCAUUCAGUGGUUUAUUGAGACAGAAGAAUGAAGAUGAUAAUGUUUUACCAGAAAUAACCACAACAUCAGGGAAUGCCUAUAUCUAUUUUUACAGUGAUGCAGCUUAUAACAUGUCUGGUUUUAAUAUUUCAUACAGGACUGGUGGUUGUGAAAAGGAUUGUUCGCUAAAUGGACAGUGUAUAAAUAACAAGUGUAACUGCUUUGCUGGUUUUACUGGAGACUAUUGUCAGACAGUCAUUUGCCCAAACAACUGUACAGACAAAGGACAAUGUACAGGGAACCAGUGUCAAUGUUUCUCAGGAUAUACAGGAUCAGAUUGUUCACUGAAAUCUUAUCAUGGAGUGUGGAGUAUACUUGAUAUCAACGCAACCGUCGGUGGCCGUGCAUCAGCUGCCGUGGCACAAGUUCAAGAUAAGCUAUAUUUAACUGGAGGAUACACAUUCAAUAAUGACCUUCCCUUUCUAGCAAGGUAUGACUUUAAUACUGAUAGCUGGGAUACCGUUAUGCCUCAGUCAACAAACAAUCCUGAAAGUAGAUAUGGACACACACUAUUAGAAUAUCAGGGGAGUCUAUACAUGUUUGGUGGAGUUGUUGACAAGGACACAACAAAAGAAUUAUGGGUAUAUGACCUAUCAAGUAACUUAUGGACAAUAAAGAAUUACAAUUCGACCCCUCCAGUAGCUGUGGCUUCACAUACAGCACAUGUUAUCAAUGGUGUCAUGUAUAUAUUGUUUGGUUAUAGUCCUAUAUAUGGAUACAAAAACAGAAUACAGGAAUAUUUUAUAGGUAAUGAUACAUGGAUUGUUCCAAGGACAUUUGGUUCUGUUGUGGAAGGUGGAUUUGGUCAUUCCAGUGUAUAUGAUCCACAAUCCAAGUUGAUCUAUGUAUAUGGGGGAUACCAUGCCGGAGAUACGUCUAGUGACCAACUGAGUGAUAAACUAUAUAGCUUUGAUAUCAGCACAAGAUUCUGGAAAACUUUACCGAGAAAUGAAAGACCGAGAUACUUACAUUCAGCUGUAUUGAUUGGUGGAUUGAUGUUAGUGUUUGGUGGUAAUACACAUAACGACACGUCAAUCAGUCUCGGAGCUAAAUGUUACUCUUUAGACUUUUUAGCAUAUGAUACAGAAUGUAACAAGUGGUUAGAGGUAGAUGUGACAGGACUUCCUGGUAAUGGAGCCAGGUAUGGUCAUACAGCAGCUGUAUACAAAAGAAAUGGACAACAUCAGAUGUAUAUAAUUGGUGGAUUUAAUGGAAUGAUGCAAGAUAACGUAAUGUUGUUUAGUCCAGGUGACUGUAACUACACUGAUCCAGAGUUCUGUACUAAUUCUACUCAGGGAUCAAUCUGUGUAUGGACAGAUAGUCAGACUUGUAUAUCAAAGGAUGUCCUGGGCACUGUUCCUACAAACAGAUCCUGUUCAUCAACAUCAGAUCAUAAUGAUUCCUGUAAAGAUGUAAAAGACUGUAGAACUUGUACAUCCACUUGUCUUAGUUCCCAUGGUGAUUGUACCUGUCAGUGGUGUGAUAGUAAAUGUACUUAUAAUUGUACAUUGACACAGACAAAAAAUUGUACCACUCAAAAAUCCAACCCAUUUGAUAGCUCUGUCUGCUCAGAUCAUAAACAUUGUCCAACCUGCAUGAGUUACGGUGAAUGUGAUUGGUCAGAUAAAUGUUCUGAUAUAAAGGAGGUGGAAAGUUUAGAUUAUAAUACUACAAGACAAGUAAAGAAAUGUGAUCAGCCGUGUAUAGCACACAAAAGUUGUGAGAAUUGUACGGACAAAGGAUGUAUGUGGUGUGGUAAUAAACAGUUGUGUGUACAAACUAAUUCAUAUGUGGCUUCAUUUAUUUAUGGUCAGUGCAUGGAGUGGACAACACAACAUGAUAAAUGUCCAGCCACCAGGUGUUCAGAUCUACACACUUGUGACGAGUGCCAAGCUAAUCCUAAGUGUGGAUGGUGUAAUGAUAAAACUAAUACUGGUCUAGGGAAAUGUAUGGAAGGAGGUCUUCAGGGUCCUGUAAAUAACCAAUCACAGAUAGAUCUAGGGUCAUGUGACAAAAAUAGAUGGUUCUUUAUUGGGUGUCCUGAGUGUCAGUGUAAUGGUCACAGUAUCUGUUCAAAUACAACGGGUAAAACAGAACUUUGUGUGGAAUGUAAAAACAUGACUGAAGGUGACCAUUGUGAACACUGUAAAGAAGGCUAUCAUGGGAAACCUGUCAAUGGAGGCAUAUGUAAACGAUGUGAAUGCAAUGAGCAGGCAGAUUCAUGUGACAGAAGUACUGGAGGAUGUAACUGUAGAACUCGAGGUGUGAUAGGUGAUAAAUGUGACAAGUGUGAUGAAUCUCAUAAAUAUUUUGGAGAUCCAAAAAAAGGAGGCACCUGUUUCUAUCACCUGGUUACAGACUAUCAGUUUACCUUUAAUUUAUCAAAGAAAGAUGACAGAUUUUACACACAGAUCAAUUUUAUGAACAUACCACAAGCAUCUGACAGAGAUGUAGAUUUUAAAGUGAACUGUUCUGGAGAAUCAUAUCUAAAUAUCUCAGUAAGAACAAGAAAUAAUAGAGUUGAGAAGUUAUAUGAAGCUUAUCCUUGUACAUAUUUCCGUACCAAAUUUGAACAUGGUGACUUUUCAUUUGGAGAGAAAGAAAAUACAACAUUCCUUGUUUAUGUAUACGGAUUUCAUACUCCAUUUUGGCUUCAGAUUUCCUUCUCACAGUUUCCCAAGAUUGAUUUAGUUCAUUUCUUUGUAACAUUCUUUAGCUGUUUUCUAUCAUUACUUAUCAUAGCAGCAGUAUUAUAUAAAAUCAAACAUAAAUAUGAUUUAUACAGAAGGAGACAGAGAAUGAUGGUUGAGAUGGAAGAAAUGGCAAGUCGACCUUUUGCUUCUGUUACCGUAGAAAUUGAUAGAAAAUUAGAUCUGGCAGAGAAGAAAGAAACAAAUUCUGUAGAUUUAAGAAAGCGGAAAAAGGGAGGAACAAAACCAGUUGCUAUACAACCUUUGAGUGGACAUAAAGCAGCAAUUUUAUCGUUAAUAGUAUUAUUACCCACUGGGGACGAAGACCUCACACCUAGUGGUAGUUCUGGUGUGGCAAUAGCCAGUUCUUUAAUAACUAUGGGUCACCACAGAAAACAGAGUUUGGAGCACACAAAAGGAGAGAAAACCAAAUAUAAAAAGCCGUUUAGUUCUUCACAUACAGACCCUGUAUAGUACACAUAUCAUGGUGCAUUUCUUAUGUAUUGUUUUUGUUAUGUCUCCAUUCCAUUUAUUGUCAUUUGUCAUAGUGUAUUUAGAUAAGUAUGUAGUAUAGUAGAGUUCAUUACAAAUAUUUUUGUUGAGGAAAAAAUCGAUUGACCUAUUAUGGUCAUGGAAAGUUUUAAUUAAUGGUGCUAAUUUGCAUAUCAUAUUAAAAUAUUUACUAUGUAUGAAAUGCUAUAUAGAUAAAACAAAAGCAGUCACAUUACAAUUUUCUCAAUAUAUCAGGUGGCUUUUUUAUAUAGUUGAUCUGUCUCAGGGAGAAUAAACCUUUGACAUAAAGACUAUGUCUAUAGAUCUACCUACAAAACUGCAGUAGAUUGUUUAUUGAGAUAUUUUAAAAUGCUUUAAGGAUAUAAAUGAGCUUAUUAAUAUUUAAAUGUAUUAUAAUUCUACCAUCUGAUUCAAAUCCUGUGUCCACACUUAGUAUUCAAGAAUCUGACAUCUCUCCAUUCUACUUUCUGAUUUAAAGACCUAUCAGGAUUUUCUGGUUUUGUCGUAAUGAUACACACCUUCAAAAAUUUGAAGACUGAAAUUUCAUUGGUUGAUAAAAUAAUAACCAGAACAAAAAGUAGAAUGCUGUAUUUUAGUCAGAUUGACCAGAGAUACAUAUACAAUGAAUUCCAAUAUUCUUCACCACUAUUAUUUUAUAGACCAUGCUUCAAAGAUUAUUAAAUGUUUAAUAUAAAAUCCAUAAAAAUAUUAAUCUUUUAUAAACUGAGAAUUUGAACAAUAGUAAUAUCAUCAGUAUCAGUAUUUAUCUUUUUUUAUUAGGAAAUAUUUAUUUUUGUCAUAUUGUUACAGCUUUUCUAUAAAAGCAUGCAAAGCAAACCUUUGAUCAACUUGCUUGCUAUGUUUGUUUGGAUGUUUGUAAACAACAGGUAGGUAGUCUAUUUCAGUCUGUUUACUAUAUACUGGAAUUUGAUUGGACAAUAAACAUUAACUUCAUUUAAAUGUUAAGUAUCACAUUGUAUGUCAAUUUUUAUUGUCCAAUCAAAUACCAGUAUAUAUUAAACAGACUGAAACUCUGCCUACCCUUUUGUUUACAAACAUUCAAGCAAACAUAGCAAGCAAGUCGAUCAAAGGUUUGCUUUGCAUGCUUUUAUAGAAAAGCUGUAAAGUUGAUAUUUUGGCAUUUUUAAUUCAACAGUAUUGUCAAUAAUUAUUGUUAAACAUUCUAAUUAAUUGACAUUAAUUUUUUGUUAAAAAAAUAACCUUGUAGAUAAUAAGUUAUUAUAGUUGCAGCUUCAGAUAGUACAUAUACCAAAAUUGACACAUUGGCAGAUUUUUACUUAUAUUUAUACAUGAACAUCUGUUGUGCUUUCAAUAUCUGUGAUAUUAAGAUAUCUUUCUUUGCAAAGAUAAUUUGUAAAUAUAUUUGUAUAUAUAGUUUUCUCUGUGUUUAAUAUUUGUAUCCUCUUUUUGUGUAUUGGGUUAUUUUGCACUUGUAUGAUCUUUGUCAGUAAUCUUACAUACUGCUUAUAGUAUUUGAGAUACAGACUUUACCACAAAAAGUCAACCUUGUUUACUUAUCCAUGAAAUGAGGUUGAGGUAAGGUGAAUCUUUAGAAAUUUACAUUUAAUUUUAAGAGAAGUUUUCAAUAUCAUGCUACACAGAACUUAUUUUAUUAUGGUAAAUAACAAUAAACCAAAUGUAGAUGAAAAGUGAUUUUUAAGUGGAACUUACCUUUUUCAAUAACUCAUAUUCUAAGAAAGUUUUUUUAAAGACCAUUUUCAUUUUCAUCUUUUUCAUAUACAAAUUUUGUAUUUUGAUUUUGAUAUGCUGAAGAUCAAUAUGAAAUGCAAAGAAAAAAUUGUAAAAAGACCUAUCCUUUAAUUUAAAAUUUAUUACAUCGAAGAUCAUUCUAAUAAUAAUGAAAUAUAUGUUUGCAUAAUUUUGAGUAGUAACAGUACCCAUAUAAUUCACCAUCUCUGAUAUAAGGAGAUAAGGUUCAUAGUUCAACCAUUAUUCAUAUAAACAUUAUUCAUAUAAAAUCAAUUAUAAAUAAAUAGCACUGAAAUUAAUUAGCAGCAAAAGUCAAUCAAAACAUUAACUGAUAUUUUUAAUAUAAAUAUUAUAGCAUGUAUAAUUUCUGUAAUUAGGAUCAUAUAAUGUGACAUAUUUACUGAUCAUUUAUUUAUUGAUUUAUUUUAUAUUUGGUAAAAUGUAGAAACUUGUUAUUUUUAACUCGGUUUUUAAUGUUGAAUGGUAACUAAGAAACAAGCCCAAAAUCCAUGGUAUACACUAGCCAACAAAGCUUAAAAUAGUAGCUCAUACAUAUACAUUAUACUCUGUUGCCGUGUUAAGUAUUGUGUUAAAUGAAUAGGUAUUUAAACAGUUUAUAAACUACAUCAGAUCCAAGUUGAACAAAAUAAGAUUCUGUCUGUCAGUACAAAACAAUGUCGUUAUAUUUUAAUGUUAUUUUUGUAUAUACUUGUAAUUUUAAGUAUCCAUUGUCUUUCAAAACCUUGUCAAAGGAUGAGAUAUGAUAAGGCCACUCUUUGGCUUCUUGAAUAAGAAAAAAUAAAAAAAAGUAUUAUAGAUCUAUGAAAAAACAUUCUCAGACAUUGAUUGAUUGGUCAAUAUAAGAUGAUGAUGGAUGGCUGCUUAACAUCCAGCGACAAAUUAAAAUUAUAUUCAGGGCGAGAAUAUGAUAAUGUAAUUUGAAAAUUAACCCUGCUUUGUUCAAGACCGACAUGCUGAGCCAGAUUUUAAAGUAAUUGGUUUGACCCAGCAGGGGUUUGAAUCCACGACCUCCCACACUCGAGGCAAACACGAGACCACAGAGGUGGUAAUUUGUCAAUAUAUCAGAAGAAUCUAAUUAUUGAAUUUUGUCUUACUUAUUUGCAGGCUUGAAGAAUUUUACUAUUUUUGCAAAUUGAUGCACCUAAAAAUAGCUCUGAUCAUACCUCUUCAUAUACACAUUGUAUUCACAUUUAGUUUGCUUUAACAUACUAGGGGACUAUUUGAGGACUUUCUGUGUCAACAUCCAUGCAUGCCUGAAGUGUCAUCACUCACUUCACACACUUUAAAAGAAAGGAUCACCUUAAUAAUUUUGUAAUAAAGUUGCAGGUCAACAGUUGGUCAACAUAACCUAUAUUUUACUUUCAUUUGAUUUUAAAGACUGAAUCUGAAUUGUUGGUCAACUGCAUUGUCAAUUGUAGCAUAUAGAUUUUAGUCAAACAAGGGUUAUUGCUUCCAUUAGUAUUUUAAACAAACCAAAAAAUAGAAAUUUUGUACAAUUGGUGUUUAGAUAUUUGAUGUUUAAGAGUACCGGCACUUUUGCACAAAAAUAUGUGAUCAUUCAUUACCUUUGCUACUUUUAAGGAAAAAUUUCUCAUAGAUUGUGCAAUGCAUAUUUUGUGUUUGUAACUAUAAUCAGAGUAAAGGAAAGAGUUUUCAUUGUAACCAGUUAAACCAUCAUAAUCUUGCCUUUAAUUUCUUGGGUUGACAACUUCAAUGCAUAUUCUAGUUUCUAAUUAUAUUGAAAUUAAGCUUUUUUAAAUGAAACAAACACUGAGAAAAAUAAAGUUUGUAAAUCAGUACAGUUGAAUGAGAGGAAUUAUUGAAAUAAUUAUGUUUUAUCUUUGUUUAUAGGCUUAAAUAUAAACAAAUAAUACAAAAAUAUCUUUAAAUUCCUUUUUAGUAAUUUAUUACAGAAGAACUGGUCAUUUAGUGAUAUAUUUGACAAGAAUUAAUCAGUUGUUCCCCUUUUUAAUGAUAAUUUUUAAGCAAGAAAUCAAAAUGUACAUAACCUUUUAGUAGUUAGGUGUAGUUGGUUAAAAUGUUGUAAGUUUGUAGACAGUUAACUAAGUUUUUUCUCACCACAUUUUUCUGACUUCCAUAUCUAUUGUGAUUUUUAUGCCCCCGCCGUAGUGGAGGGGGCAUUAAGUUUUACCCUUGUUCGUCCCAAAAUUGGUUUUUAUUCUCUAACUUUAGUUUGCCUCAACCAAAUGUUAUGAAGCUUAUACACAAUGCUCAUUACCACAAAAUACAGAUCAAGUUUGAAUUUUGGUAGCGUAACUUUUACUGUUCUAGAGUUAUGCCCCUUUACAAAUGGAAAAAUUGCUGAAUUUUUCGUUUCCGUUCUCUAACUUAAGUUUACCUCAACCAAAUGUUAUGAAACUUAUACACAAUGCUCAUUACCACAAAACACCGAUCAAGUUUGAAUUUUGGUGGCGUCACUUUCACCAUUCUAGAGUUAUGCCCCUUUACAAAUGGAAAAAUUGCUAAAUGGUUUGCUUCCGUUAUUAAACUUUAGUUUGCCUCAACCAAAUGUUAUGAAAAUUAUACACAAUCCUUAUUACCAAAAAACACAGAUCAAGUUUGAAUUUUGGUGUUGACACUUUUACCGUUCUAGAGUUAUGCCUUUUACAAAUGGAAAAAUUGCUGGAUUUUUCGUUUCCGUUCUCUAACUUAAGUUUGCCUCGAGCAAAUGUUAUGAAACAUUUACACAAUGCUUAUUACCACAAAACUCAGAUCAAGUAAAAAUUUGGGUAGUGUCACUUUUACAGUUCUUGAGUUAUGUCCCUUUAUAACAUUAUAUGCAGGUGGGGAUAUCAUCUGUGUCCCAUGGACACAUUCCCCAUUUAUUUGUAAAAGUAAUACACAGCAGUUCAAUUAUUUCUUUUAUGGAACAUUUACAUUCAACUUACGGUACAUGAAUAUGUUUAGUAUUUUUGCAAUUUCAGGGGCCAAGACAAAAAAGUUUAAGACAAUAUAUCUAUAUUUAUGCAAUAUUUAUUUGUCAUUAGUUUUUGGAUAUGAUAAAUGCUUACUUCAAUUUUAAACAAAGUUCUGGCAGCAAAAAAAAAUAUAUGGAAAAACAUGAAUUUAUCAAAUUAUCCACUAUUAUUAAAUAUUAAGAUGUAGUUAGCAUGUCUUAAAUGUGACCACAGUAAUGACUUUCUCUGUGAUAUUUCUAUUCAUCUUCUUUUUUAUUAGAAUAAUCAGUCAUUGAUUUGGCUUUAUGAUAUUGUUUAAAUUUAUUUAUUCUAAGAAUGGUUUCACAAAAUGUAUUAAUUAUGUAAUGUAAAAGCAUAGCGUUUGGUACACUAGAUACACCAGAAAUGCUAGCUAGUCCCAUAAGUCAGCAAUUUGUCCUUCAUAUUUUGAUUGAAAAGAUCUGAUGUUUACUCUAUUUGUUGAUAAAUGAAAAUGUAUAUAAUUGUAAAAAAAAAUGUGAAUUUAAUACAUAUGUAUUAUUUUUUUUGGAAAAACUGUAAUUAUGUGAACAAUGAAUAAACAUGUGAUAAAAGUA